AUUCCAGCACAUUUUUAACCAACGGUUAUAUUGUAACUGCCACAUUUGGGCUAAAAAGUAUAUAUAUUUUUUAAAAACUCGCUAGUGACACAAUUGUCAAUUAAUAGCAAGGGAUCAUUGAUAUAAGCCUCCAAAAACAGAGAAGUACAUACGAUAAAUAAUCAGAUAAUUAUUGAUGUAAAAUUGACAUCGACAGCAGUGAUAAAUUUCGAAAUACUUUGCCCAACUCAGCUAUUUUAUUUAAAUUAAUGACUAGAAAAUAUAUCAAAGUACACACGAGAAAAAAGUAUAAUCAGAUGGAUGUACGACCAUGUGUAAUGUUGACGUCACGAACAUGACAUUUCACACAGUGCAACCACUUGUCUCAGAUCAGACACACGCACUGUUGGCAUAAUUUAAUUUCAUAAUGGUUUUAUACUUCAAAAGCCAAUAGACUGGACACUAAAUUACUCGUAUUAGGACGUCAUCAUUCUGUCAUUUACCAGAGUUGACGCUACGGUGUUCAUCCAAUGACAAUCGGAAACGUCAUAUUAAACAUAAUUAAGGACAAUUUGUAUGUCAACUGGUACCAACAAACAAGGUGACUUUUGCACACGGCCCCAGUGGUUAUAAACAAUUAGAGGACUUGCCUAUUCCAUCUCAAACGCAGAUCGUCUUCUGACACAAAAGUACGUCUGCUGACAGAAAAGCUAGCAACAAUGUCUGCCCUGUCGUGUUUGCUUCUCCUGGUCGCUCUGGUGUCCUUGGUGGAUGUAGAAGGGAAGCCGCAAAAUAAGAUUGAUGGUCACAAAAUAGUAAUGAGAAACAUCGACAUGGUGCGCGACUUAAGACGGAAAAUUAUCAGCGACGUUCAAGACCGCCGGAAGAAAUCAUCGGACACGCUGGUAUGCAAUUCGUGUCAUGGAACACAGUACACCUGUGAAUACGAAGAAAAAGAAUGUGCUGCUGGGCAACUGUGCGGUUCCAUCUGGGACAACGACAACAACUUCAACUUCAACGGCUGCAUGGAGCCCCAGCUGUGUGACCUUAUCGAGAAGACUGGAGUCACUAGCGUCGCCUGCUGCGACACCGACCUGUGUAACUGGCAGAUCUAAAACCACUUCGAGACAAACGUGACUCUGUACACUUCGAAAUAAACGUGUAACUGACAGAUCUAAAAACACUUCGAGACAAACGUGACUCUGUACACUUCGAAAUAAACGUGUAACUGGCAGAUCUAAAAACACUUCGAAACAAACGUAACUCUGUACAUUUCGAAAUAAACGUGACUGUACAUUUUGAAAUAAACGUGACUCUGUACACUUCUAAACAAACAUGACUGGCAGAUCUAAAAACACUUCGAGACAAACGUGACUGUACAUUUCGAAAUAAACGUGACUCUGUACACUUCUAAACAAACGUGACUCUGGCAGAUCUAACUGUGCAUCAAAAUAAACAUAACACUGUACACUUCUAAAGAAACAUGACUUGCAGAUCUAAACGCACUUAAUAACAAAUGUGACUGUAAACUUCUAAACAAACGUGUCUCUGGCAGCUUUAACCACACUUCAAAACAAACGUGACUCUGUACACUUCUAAAUAAACGUGUCACUGUACUCUUCUAAAAACGUGACUGUACACUUCUAUAUAAACAAAAAACGUGACUGGCAGUUCUAACCACACUUCAAAAACAAAAAUGGACCUAACUCCACUUUAAAACAAACGUGACUAAAAGAUCUAACUCACUUCUAAGCAAAGGUUACUCUGACAGAUAUGUCUACAUGUACAUUAAUUCUAAACAAACGGCGUGACUCGGGAAAGUUCAACUCCACUUAUAAACAAACGUGACUCUGGCUGGUCUAGAUCCGUAUACACAUCUUGACUCUAGAGGACCUCUCAUCGUAUCAACGAAACAAAACGUGACUGUGAGCUGGUAUAAGAUGGGUCUGUGUAAAUCUAAAUAUCCAAACGACUGUUACACUGGAGGAUCUAGCUCCAUUUCCAAACGAUUUGUGAUUGGCAGAUUAAUUAAGUGUCACUUAAAAACAGACAUGACUCUGGUGUAUCUAGCUUUCAAUUCUGUUGUAUUUAAAUGACACCAAAAACUUUAUAAAGGAUAGAGAACAGGGUGGUGAUUCUGAAUUGAAUAAUAAAGAUCAAGGGUCAACAAA